ACAAACACAAAAACCACACGACUCCACCAACUCUGAAGUGAACACAUUUGUGUCACAACUCCUUCUUCAUUCAUCACUUUUCUGUUGUAAUUGUAAACUGAGUGAACUAAACCCAAUUCCUAACAUGGCGCAAGUGAGAAACAAGCAAGUGAUUUUGAGAGACUAUGUGUCUGGUUUUCCUAAGGAAUCAGACAUGAAUGUUGUUGAUAGUACAAUUAUUCUCAACCUUCCACAAGGUUCCAAUGAUGUUGUUCUGCUAAAAAAUCUCUACUUAUCCUGUGAUCCUUACCUGAGAAUUUUCAUGGCCAAGGACACUAUUGCAGGACUUGGUGGUCUCACCCCUGGUUCUCCAUUGACAGGAUUAGGAGUGUCUAAAGUUGUAGAAUCUGGACAUCCAGAUUAUAAGAAAGAUGAUUUAGUUUGGGGAAUGACUAAAUGGGAAGAGUAUAGUUUGGUCCCUGCAGCUCAAAUACUUUUCAAAAUUGAGCAUACAGAUGUCCCACUUUCCUACUAUACUGGAAUUCUCGGUAUGCCUGGAAUGACUGCUUAUGCUGGUUUCUUUGAAGUAGGCUCUCCUAAGAAAGGAGAGAAUGUUUUUGUUUCAGCUGCCUCUGGUGCAGUUGGUCAACUUGUUGGCCAAUUCGCUAAAUUGCAUGGUUGCUAUGUCGUUGGAAGUGCUGGAAGUAAAGAGAAGGUGGAUUUGUUGAAAAAUAAAUUUGGAUAUGAUGAAGCCUUUAACUACAAAGAAGAACCAGACCUCAAUGCAGCUUUGAAAAGGUCUGUUUUUAACAUUUUUAUGGUAGAUUUUUAAUUUAAUUUGUUUAUUGACAAAAAAAAGUAUACUUACCUAGCAUCAACACUAUAUAUUCAAGGCGUGUCCGACACGUGUUAAUAUCUGACACCAACAUAACAGCGUCUCUUGUGA